AUGGCAUCUUCUCUAUCUCGUAGGACGGCCUUAGCAAGAUUUCGCCAAGCUCAGCUGGAAGAGGGAAAAGUAAAGGAACGAAGACCUUUCCUUGCCUCUGAAUGUACUGAGCUUCCCAAAGCUGAAAAGUGGAGACGGCAGAUUAUUGGAGAAAUCUCUAAAAAAGUGGCUCAAAUUCAGAAUGCUGGUUUAGGUGAAUUCCGAAUUCGUGACCUGAAUGAUGAAAUUAACAAACUGCUGAGAGAAAAAGGUCAUUGGGAGGUCCGGAUAAAGGAGCUGGGUGGUCCUGAUUAUGGGAAAGUUGGCCCUAAAAUGCUGGAUCAUGAAGGAAAAGAAGUUCCGGGAAAUCGAGGUUACAAAUAUUUUGGAGCAGCAAAAGAUUUACCUGGUGUUAGAGAACUAUUUGAAAAAGAACCUCUUCCUCCUCCAAGAAAGACACGAGCUGAGCUUAUGAAGGCGAUCGAUUUUGAGUACUAUGGUUACUUAGAUGAAGAUGAUGGUGUUAUUGUGCCUUUGGAACAGGAAUACGAAAAGAAACUCAGAACCGAAUUAGUGGAAAAAUGGAAAACAGAGAGAGAGGCCCGGCUGGCAAGAGGAGAAAAAGAAGAAGAGGAGGAGGAGGAAGAGAUCAAUAUCUAUGCUGUCAAUGAAGAGGAGUCUGAUGAGGAAGAUGGCCAGGAGAAAGGAGGCGAAGAUGGACAGCAGAAGUUCAUUGCUCAUGUCCCAGUGCCAUCCCAGCAAGAGAUUGAGGAGGCACUUGUACGAAGGAAGAAGCUGGAACUUCUUCAGAAAUAUGCCAGUGAGACCCUACAGGCCCAGAGUGAAGAAGCCAAACGGCUGUUGGGAUAUUAAUGGCCACAG